GCCGAGGACAGGUGUCAUGGUGGAGGCAGGCAGCAGCCUGCGGAGCUCGGAUUAGUUCUCGAGGGUUCACGUUGUUCUCAUUUCUCCAGUGUGGCUCGUCAGCGUCAGUUUAAAGAGUCCACAGCCAUGGGUGAGGAGAGGAGCCUCACCCUGCAGGUCCAGAGUGUGGAGAGGAGCCUGCACUUCCUCGGGCAGGAGCACCUCUCUCUGCUCCAUGGCCUCCACAUGGAGGUCCUGUCCCUGCAGAAACGCUGCUCAGAGCUGACCAACGAGCUGAAGGUAAAACCUCCGGGCAGGUCUCAGAUCGAGCUACAGGAGGAGGAGGAGGUCCUGGACGCUCGCUGUCGGGAGUUGGAGAGCCGUCUGUCUGAGCAGGAGAGCACUUUAGGAGAGCUUCGUAAGGAGCUGGGCCACAAAGGGGCUUUGGUGGGGGCCCUCAGAGCCAAUCUCAAGGAAAAGGAGCGGCAUUUCCUGGAGGAGCUCAAACGCCGCAGCCACUGUUCCACCGUCCUGAACACGGAGCUGCAGAAGCAAACGGAGGCAGCGGCGUACCUCUCCUUCCAGCUGCACGCCGCCCGGCAGAAGCUGCACCAGCAGCGGCUGCAGCAGCGGCAGGGACUCCUCUCCAGAGCCAACAGUCAGGGGAUCCAGUAUGGCGCCGAGCAGAACUCCCCUCUCGUGGGAGCCUCCCCUUCCUCUCCUGUGGGCAAACCGAAGCGUAAGGGCACCAGGGCCUCUUGGAGGGCGGAGCGUGCCCGAGAGUGCGUGCCCAUGGAGAAGGUGACGGGCCCCGCAGAGCCCACGGCCAUGCCGGACCCUGCACUGUUCCUCCAUCCUCGCCGGCACCGAGCCCGAUCCAGGCUCACUGGGGCUCAGAGACCGCCUCCUCUGGGUCUGGAGAGCGAGGAGGAGGAGGGACAAGCUGAAGCAGCCAGACUGAUGUCUGCAGCAGCAGCAGCGCCCCCUGCUGCUGAGACGAACGCAGAUUAG